UCCGCCAUGGAUCCCGGCAACUGGAGCAGCUUCAUCUUCCAGGGUCACGCCCAGAACCCCCUGCAGGUCGGGGCUGAGCUGCAGUCCCGCUUCUUCGCCUCCCAGGGCUGCGCCCAGAGCCCGUUCCAGGCCGCCCCCGCGCCCCCGCCCGCCCCGCAGGCCCCGGCGGCCGAGCCGCUGCAGGUGGACUUGCUCCCGGUGCUCGCGGCCGCGCAGGAGUCGGCCGCCGCCGCCGCCGCCGCCGCUGCCGCCGCCGCCGCCGCCGCCGUCGCCGCCGCGCCCCCGGCCCCGGCCGCCGCCUCCACUGUGGACACAGCGGCGCUCAAGCAGCCCCCGGCGCCGCCGCCGCCGCCCCCGCCCGUGUCGGCGCCCGCCGCCGAGCCCGCGCCCCCCGUCCCCGCCGCCAGCAUCGCCGCCGCGGCCGCCACCGCCGUCGCCGCGCCCGCCGCCACGGUCGCCGCGGCCCCGGUGGCGUCGGCGCUGGAGAAGAAGACAAAGAGCAAGGGGCCCUACAUCUGCGCGCUGUGCGCCAAGGAGUUCAAGAACGGCUACAACCUCCGGCGGCACGAGGCCAUCCACACGGGCGCCAAGGCCGGCCGCGUGCCGUCGGGCGCCAUGAAGAUGCCCACCAUGGUGCCGCUGAGCCUGCUGAGCGUCCCGCAGCUGAGCGGCGCCGGCGGGGGCGGGGGCGAGCCGGGCGCGGGCGGCGGGGCGGCCGCCGUGGCGGCGGGCGGCGUGGUGACCACCACGGCGUCGGGCAAGCGCAUCCGCAAGAACCACGCGUGCGAGAUGUGCGGCAAGGCCUUCCGCGACGUGUACCACCUGAACCGGCACAAGCUCUCGCACUCGGACGAGAAGCCCUACCAGUGCCCGGUGUGCCAGCAGCGCUUCAAGCGCAAGGACCGCAUGAGCUACCACGUGCGCUCGCACGACGGCGCUGUGCACAAGCCCUACAACUGCUCCCACUGUGGCAAGAGCUUCUCUCGGCCGGAUCACCUCAACAGUCACGUCAGACAAGUGCACUCAACAGAACGGCCCUUCAAAUGUGAGAAAUGUGAGGCAGCUUUUGCAACGAAGGAUCGACUGCGGGCACACACUGUACGACAUGAGGAGAAAGUGCCAUGCCACGUGUGCGGCAAGAUGCUGAGCUCGGCUUAUAUUUCGGACCACAUGAAGGUGCACAGCCAGGGCCCUCACCAUGUCUGUGAGCUCUGCAGCAAAGGUACUGGUGAGGUCUGUCCCAUGGCAGCAGCAGCGGCGGCGGCAGCAGCGGCAGCAGUAGUAGCUCCUCCCUCAGCUGUGGGCUCCCUCUCUGGGGCUGAGGGGGUGCCUGUGAGCUCUCAGCCACUUCCCUCACAGCCCUGGUGAGCUCCAGGUUGGCGGGGGACAGGAGAACUUAGGCAAGCCCCUAAGUCCGGCUGUCUCUGCCUCUCUCCCCACCAACACCUCACUACUUCCCCAUCAACCAAGGAGCCUCCCGAAGGAAGGAGGGAGAGAUGUUUUCUUAGGGGAAUUCACUAGGUUUUAAAGAUUUGUUUCUCCUGCUCCUCUCUUCUCCCCAGACCUCACCCCACAUACUCUUCCCUUGGUUGUGUUGAACCUCCUGGACAGUGGGCAGGGGUGGCAGGACAGGAGCAGCCACUGCCCUCACCCCUCCUCUCGAACCCCCCUGCCCUGCCCUUCUGGGGUGUCUGUGAGCCUUUUCCCAUGAUGGUCCUGCUCUCCUAGCCCUACCCCCACUGUCUGCUACCCCUCCCUGGGGAGUUGGUGCUUUAUUUUUUUAAAGGGGGAAGGAGAGUGAGGAGGAGAAUAUUACGGAUUCUGCUCCAGAGAGGGGAAAGGGGGAGACUUGAAAAGGAGCAGGGAAGGCAGCAGAGAUGAACCUUCACAAAGUGGGCUGGUUUGGGGUCACUCCCUAAAUGUGAUCCUACUUAGAGCAACUGUCAGGAGAAGGUUGAGGGAGCAAAAGGAGGAGCCAUUAGGGCCAGAGGCAGGAUAAGAGAUGGAAUCUUACGGGGCCAGGGGAAGGGGGGGAUCCAGAGACUAGAGGUGCUUCCUGGGGGUGGGGGGGAAUGCAGCCAGUGUCUCCCCCUUUCCCUCUACCACCCCAGCUCCAGCCCUGGCCUUUUCAUCCCUCUUCCCCAUGACAGAAUUCGUGGCCAUGGCCAUGUCAUCGUGUUCCUGUGUCCCCUGCAUGUUCCCCACCCCUUCACCCCUUUUGCGCGGACCCCAUUACAAUAAAUUUUAAAUAAAAACC